GGUAGAAGAACCCGAGGAUGUUUCAGAGAUACCAUAUGGAUCCCAAUUCAAACGCUAUGAAUACAGAAAUCACAGUUUCACUAUUGAGAUGUUUUGGUCACCAUAUUUGGUUAAAACCACACAAACAGACCCUACCGACCCAACCCAAUCUCGACCCUUCAAUCUCUUCCUCGAUGAGUUUGAUGAGCAAUGGACAAGUAAAAUCGAACCUUUUGAUUAUGUCAUCAUCUCAGCCGGACACUGGUUCUUCCGUCCCACCAUGUUCUACUUGGAAGGCCGCCUGGCAGGCUGCCUCUAUUGUCCACAGAGCAACAUACCUCACCUAACCUCAUAUUUUAGCUAUCGAAGAGCGUUUAGGACCGCGUUUAGGGCUAUAAACAGCUUAUCAAACUACAAGGGCUUAACAUUUCUUAGAACAUUUGCACCCUCACAUUUUGAAGGUGGGUAUUGGGAUAAAGGUGGAGAUUGUGCGAGAAAAAGGCCGUUUAGGAACAACGAGACGAGUUUGGAGGGUUAUAAUUUGGAGUUUUAUUCGAUCCAGGUUCAGGAGCUUAAGAUCGCGCAGAGGUUAGGGAGGAGGAAAGGGUUGAAGUAUAGGUUAUUUGAUGUAACACAGGCGAUGUUGUUGAGACCGGACGGUCAUCCUAGUAAAUACGGGCAUUGGCCACAGGCGAAGGUUUCGUUGGCGAAUGACUGUGUGCACUGGUGCCUGCCUGGGCCGGUCGAUGCUUGGAAUGAUUUCUUUCUAGAGCUGUUGAAGAGGGAGGGAAUAGAUUUAGUUUGAGAACAAUUUUGAUCUUUGAAUUGGUUAUUGUUAUUGUUUUUAUUUUUGAAAUUUAUGAUUUCUUGAAAUUCUUUUUUGUUGUUGUUAAUGGUUGUGUGGGGGAUCUAAAAUUUGUACUGUGUUGGUAGGAUAAGAGGGGAAAGAUUCGUGGGUGAAAAUAAAGAUUUAUCUUUGAUUUUUAUUUGUAUUUACCAAUUGAUCUUAUGAUCAUUUUUUUAAAAAUGGGCCUUAGAUCAGCCCAUAAUGCUAGACAUAGCCCAAAA